CGGAGCAAACCAUCGUCUGUCUACAGCUUCGAUUCUUCACAUCUUUUCCAGACUUUUUUAUCCUGCUUUCAUCGGUUUGACUGAGGUCAUGUCCCACCUCGUCCUCUGUGUGUCCGUCAUCGUCACUCUGUGGUCGGCGUCAGUGCUCAGUCUGUCAGUGUUCUCUGACCCCCCGAAGGCUCACAUGCUGCUUCGCUCUCGCCGGGCGAACUCCUUCCUGGAGGAGAUGAAACCUGCUUCAAUGGAACGCGAAUGUGUGGAGGAAAAAUGUGACUUUGAAGAAGCGAGAGAGAUUUUCCAAACCAGGGAAGCUACUCUGGAGUUCUGGACGGUGUACACCGAUGGGAACCAGUGUAACUCCAACAUGUGUGUUCAUGGUGCCUGUGUGGAUCUGUACCAAGCCUACGCCUGCCGCUGUGACCGUGGUUACGAGGGCAAAUACUGCGAUCAGCCUCAGACAGCCACCAACUGCUCUGUGGACAACGGCGGUUGUGACCACGAGUGUUCGGAGAGCACGGACGGCCUGACGAGGACCUGCAGCUGUGUGAGCGGAUACAAACUGCACGACAACUCCAGGAAAUGUGAGCCGAAAGGUCCCUCGUCCUGUGGUCAGCUGCUGAUCGGCAGGUCGUCUUACACCAAACCAUUGGACGGCCUGCUGCCAUGGAUGGUGGGAGGGGAGGUGGGAAAAAAGGGGGAGAGUCCCUGGCAGGUACUGUUAUUGAACGCCAGAGGGCGCUUUCACUGCGGAGGCGUCCUCAUCGAUGAGAGAUGGGUCCUGACCGCCGCUCACUGCCUUGACAACAGCCUGAGAUUCAGAGUACGGCUGGGUGAUUACGAGCGCCACAAAGAUGAAGGCACUGAGAUGACCCUCAGGGUCACAAAAGUCUAUAAACACCCCGACUACGACAGCAGGACUGUGGACAACGACAUCGCCCUGCUGCUUCUGGAAAACCCCGCCCGCUUAAGCCAAUACAUCGUUCCCGUUUGUCUGCCAGGACACGAGAUGGCCGAGCGGGUGCUCCACCUUAACGGCACCCUCACUGUGGUGAGCGGCUGGGGUAAAGACGACCUGGACAGCACCCAUUUCAGCUCAGCACUCAAUGUCAUCAAAGUCCCGCUGGCUGACCGCGACGUUUGCAUCCGCCAGAUGUCCCACAACAUCUCCAACAACGUCCUCUGUGCCGGGAUCCUCGGACAGAGGAAGGAUGCCUGUGAGGGGGACAGCGGCGGACCGAUGGUCACUCUCUAUCGAGACACCUGGUUCCUGAUCGGCCUGGUGUCUUGGGGUGAGGGUUGCGGCAGGGAGGACAAGCUGGGCAUCUACACCAAGGUGUCCAACUAUAAUGAGUGGAUCAACAAAGUGCGCGAAGAAUGGGACAAAGGUCAACAUCCACAAGCAACCCCAAGUGUCUGAACCACCUCAGCCCUCAACAGUUGAACCAGUCUGGUAUGUUCAACCCACAUAAAGGCCCCUCAGUACAGUAGAGAUGUAACACACUUUAUAAAUAAACUGAUUCUGUC